ACCACCUGUCAAACCCAGAUAGUCCAAGACACCAUGCUCGUCUUUCUUCCUUUCUUCUCUAUCGAGACAUGGACUCUACUGGCCAUACUGAUCGGGAUUUUUAUCAAGUAUGGCUACAGCUCAUAUGGGGUGUUCAAGAAGCUCGGAAUCCCCGGUCCGAAACCCACGAUGUACUUAGGCACCGUCACCCAACACGGCCGAAUUUACUACUUUCAAGACUUGGAGUGCGCUAAGAUAUAUGGGAAAGUUUGGGGGAGUUACGAGUUUAAGAAGCCCGUGUUAGCUGUAACAGACCCCGGUAUGGUGAAAACCAUCCUGGUGAAAGAGUGUUUUUCCAACUUUACUAACCGGCGGAACCUCCGUUUAUAUGGGGACAUAUAUGACGCUGUGAGUUUUGCUGAGGAUGAUCAAUGGAGACGAAUUCGCAACAUCCUGUCUCCCUGUUUCACCUCUGGACAUAUUAAAGAAAUGUUUCACAUCAUGAAGCACCACUCACACAAGCUGAUGGAAAGCUUGAGGACCAAGGUGCAAAAUGAUGACGUCGUGACUCUGAAUGACUACUUCGGAUCUUACAUUUUAGAUGCGAUGGCCAGCAUUGCAUUCAGUUUGGACACUGACACACUUGCAAACCCUUCAGAUGCCUUCACCACCAACGCCAACCAGUUAUUCAGAAUAAACAUUCUACUCUUCACAAUCCAAGGGGUUUUUCCAUUCCUUCUGCCUCUGUUUGAGAUGUUAGACUUCUCCCUCUUUCCUCGGUCAGCUACUACAUAUUUUCAGUCUGUACUGACAAAGAUUAGAGCAGAACACAGAAACAGUUCAAGCAAGAAUCGGGUGGAUUUCCUUCAAUUGAUGAUUGAUUCCAAGGGAACAAAGUCAAAUAAGGGUAAUAACUUGUCGAAAGCACACAUGCACACAAACACAUCCAAACAUGUCCUUAUGUCUGAUUUCCUUUCCCCAACAGGUCUGAGCAAGCAUGAGAUUUACUCCCAAGCAACAACUUUUAUCAGUGGUGGUUAUGUUACCAGCAGCACAACUCUGAAUUUCAUGGCCUAUAGCCUGGCUACAAAUCCUCAUGUCAUGUAUCGCCUACAAGAAGAGAUAGAGUCUACCUUCCCCAACAAGGCUCCUAUUCAAUAUGAGGGUUUGGUGCAGAUGGAGUACCUGGACUGCGUGGUCAAUGAGACUCUGAGGCUCUUCCCUCCAAGUGCACGCCUGGAACGUGUUGCAAAGAAAACUGUGGAGGUUAAGGGAAUUGUCAUCCCCAAGGGAAUGGUUGUCAUGAUUCCACUCUUCGCUCUCCACCGGGAUGCUGAUUUCUGGCCGGAGCCAGAGGAAUUCAGGCCUGAUAGGUUCAGUAAGGAGAACAAGCACAACAUUGAGCCCUACACUUAUUUGCCAUUUGGGGCAGGGCCAAGGAACUGUAUUGGGAUGCGAUUUGUACUUGUAAUGAUGAAAUUGGUCUUGGUGGAGGUUCUACAGAACUACAGUUUUUCCGUCUGCAAAGAGACAGAGAUACCCCUAGAGUUUGACGGUACAGGUUUGGUGGGUCCUGUACGGCCAAUCAAAUUGAAACUGGUGCCACGCUCCAUAUCCUCACAAAAUGGGGACAACGCCACAAAGUAAAGCAGACAUCCAUUUCUGGAGACCGUUGGGAACAGCUCCAGUGUCCAGAGUAAUUCAAAUACAAUGCAGAAGUGAUUACUAAGAGAACGUAUGCUCCCGAAUCAUUGCAAUAUCUUCUCAAUAUUUGAAAUAGCAUGCCAUGCCAUGUUUUAAAAGGCAUUUUGUUAUAAUUGCAAAUAAACUUAUGUAAACCAUAGCAAGGCUGAUAACUUGCCUUUGUUUGACCAGAUAUGGGAUCUAAGCAUGUUUUCACCCAUACCCUCCACGUUCAUAGAUCAUUUUAGAGAGAAUCAUUUUUGUUUAAUGUUGGUUAAGAGCUUGCCAUUUUUGAAUGUCCUAGAAGAAUUGUUGAAGCUUUCACUAUAUGCUUUUGAAGAUGCAGAACAUCGGUUUUCUGUAGUAGAGCACUGUCAGCUAAAGUGCAACCUUUGACCCCAUUGUGUUCACUACGGUAAUUUGUAGAUGUGGCCAGCCAACUUCGAUAACACUUUGCGAUCAUGAAUACGUUAAAUGUCUUUAAGUUUGAGGAUCUAUUAUUUCAGCAAUAUUGAAAUCAUUUGCUAUGAGAAAAAAAUUUUUUUUUUUCAUGACGAUAAACAAGAAAGCUUAAUUCACUGAUGCACACACACAAAAUUGUGAAAGGGACAAUAAAUAAAGGUAUCUGAACAGGGAGGCUAGCAUGUUCAACAAAGAAAUUAAAACUUCACUAUGAAAACGUAUGGCAGCCUCACUAGAAAUAACACCAUGCACAACCAGAAUAAAGGGCAAAGGAGACAGUCACCUUUGUCUAGUCACUAGAAAAAUUACCCAGUGGCAUGACUGCUUAUUUAAUCAGAUGUUAUAUAAUCAAGUCAGUGUUGUGAAACAGUGGAUUUUAGCCCGUUUCUGUGGGUUUUAGCCUGUUUCUGCUCUUAACACAAUUUUUUUAAAAAUUGCUAAUCCAUGGGGCAAACAAUGACCUGAGAACCCCAUGUGUUGUCCCUGAACUUUGGAAUGACACCAAGUCUGAAGUCAUUUUUGUCAUCGAGGCAGAACCUGAGAUGGACUUUUCCGUCAGAAUCUCUUCGAGCUAAUACUGAUUUUGAGGACUGAGGAGGUUAGGCUCCGUGUCAGUAUGAACUUCUCGCCUUUCUAGUUUAAUGCCUGGGUAUUAUCUGAACCUUUAGGUAUCCUUAAGGUAUACAAGAGACUGGGAAAACUGUUGGGAGUGCUAUUAAACUGCAUAUUUUUAGUUUUGGCAAAAUGCAAACUCGAGUUUAAACUAAAAUGUUAUCUCCCAACAAGCUGUACCCCACAAUAUACUGAUGAACACCCUAUAAUCGUUGUGAACCACGACUUGGUGAAUGGCGCUACAAAUGUCACUUGUUAUUUUGUUAUAGAAGGCAGAGCUUUAUGGAUUUUUCCCUUUUCUCCCAGUUCUACUUGGCCAAUUACCCCACUCUUCCGAGCCGUCCCGGUUGUUGCUCCACCCCCUCUGCAGAUCCGGGGAGGGCUGCAGACUACCUACCACAUGUCUCCUCCGAUACAUGUGGCGUCGC